AUGGCGAAGGACGGCGACGACGGCGGCGACGGCGGCCUUCAGGUACGCUCUCACCGGCACUCAAGAGAGUACCCGCGCUCACACACCUUUCCAGAAGUUCCCCCUCUUCAAACUCCCCGACGAGAUCUGGUCGAAAAUCGGCAAGCUCGCCAUCGACAACGAAGACAAGCUCACGAACCGCAGCUUCUUGACCGGCAUCAGCAAGACGCGCCCAGCCAAAGUCCAACAGCCCGCGAUCACGAGGACCAGCAAGGACCUUCGAGCUGACCUGCUACACUACUAUUACUUCACCAAGGUCAAGAUCCUCUGCCACAAAGCAAACGCGCCGGACCUUAGCGCGUGGCUGCACGCCCUUGGUCACACGAACCGCCUCUCGAUUCGUGGGAUGAAGGUGCUUUGGAGAUCCACCAAGGAAGUCAAGGAGGUCGCACACGUACUUGGUGUGUCGUUGGUGGUUGGAAACAAGCAGCCGUUCUGUGAUCGCGCGCCGUUCCCAGUGGCCAUGAUUCAAUUCUUUUAG